GCCCGGGAAUUUCCGGAAAUUGCCGAAGAGGAAGCGUGGAGCGGCGGGUUGAGGCCGUGCAGGCGGUUGCUGCUCGAUCAGCGAGAGUUAAGGGGGUGUCUGGGUUUGUUUAAGAUUUUCUCUUGCAGCUUUCUGCAGGGAAAUGUCUCUCUUGUGUUACAACAAAGGCUGCGGACAGCGUUUUGAUCCUGACAGAAACAGCGAUGAAAAUGCUUGUACAUACCACCCCGGUGUACCUGUGUUUCAUGAUGCAUUGAAGGGUUGGUCUUGCUGUAAGAGACGCACUACAGAUUUCUCAGAUUUCUUAAAUAUUGCGGGUUGUACAAAAGGAAAGCACUGCGAUGAAAAGCCUCCUGAGCCUGUCAAACCUGAAGUGAAGACCUCAUCAGAACCACAACUAAAAUCUAAUAGUAAUGAAUAUGUUAUGCAGAGCCGAAAACCAGUUGAAGCAGUUAUAAGGCCAAGCCCAGAUGCCCCUUUGGUAAGACUGGAACAAAAGGUUUCUUCUUCAUUGAAGCAAGCGCUAGAAAAACUCAAGUUAACUGCUGACAAUGGACCCACAAAUAAAGAAGAGGAUAGUAAUGAAGUGAAGGUUGGGACCACAUGUAAAAAUGCAGGUUGUAACAAGACUUUUCUAGAUGCAGGCAGCAAUGAAGAGGUAUGUGUUUAUCACUCUGGAGUGCCCAUUUUCCACGAAGGAAUGAAAUAUUGGAGCUGUUGUAAGAGAAAAACUUCCGAUUUCAAUUCUUUCAUAGCCCAAGGGGGCUGUACACAGAGCAAGCAUAUGUGGACCAAAGCAACUGCAGUCAAUAAAGUUGUACCAUGCCGGCAUGAUUGGCAUCAAACUGGAGGACAAGUCAUAAUUACUAUUUAUGCCAAAAACUCGAUCCCAGAGCUGAGUUAUGUUGAAGCUAACAGCACAGUGCUGAAUAUCCACAUUUUAUUUGAAAGGGAAAAAGAAUUUGAACACAAAGUGAACUUGUGGGGUGUCAUUGAUGUUAGUAAAAGCCAAAUGAGUAUGACACCCGCUAAGAUUGAGAUUACUAUGAAGAAAGCUGAACCAAUAUUAUGGGCUCGGCUUGAACUACCUCCACCGCAGCCUGAGAAAAAAGAUCAAGCUCCAGAUUCAAAUGAUGAAGACGAUUAAAAGAAACUGGACCAAUUUAAGAAUGUGAAGUGGGUGAUGGGAGGGAGUAAAUACCGUUUACUGUUCAAAUUAAUCAAUCGUGUAAUGCGUCUACAUUCUGUAUCCUUGUUUUACAAUUUUCAUAAAAUGACUGCUUACUGUAUUUUGAUGCACAGCUUUAAGAUAUUUAUGAACAAGCUGUACUACAUCUUGCAUAGAUUUAUUUGUGUAACAAAUGAACUGUAUUAUCCAGAACAUUGAUAACAUGCCCAAAAGCAUUGCAGCAUCCUCACUGUUUCAUUGAAAUUGAAUAAAGUCCACUUUUUCCAGUGUCUGGAACACUUACCUAUUAGAAUUCUAUUUACAUGACCUUGAUAAAAUCACAUUUUAUUCCUAUUUUGAAAAUAAAAGUGGUUAAGUAAUGCA